UGUUCCCAAAUGUAUUUGGUUUUCCUUUGAUAUAGCUGUGGGGUCGUGACAUCACUACAGUGCUUGUACAUACUGUGUGAAUCACAUCGCCGUCAAAAGUACUUCACUCUCAUCAGUAUAGAAGCGGCAGCACAAGCAGUGCGAAAGACCACGACUGCAGGGAGAAGAGUAGAAAAAAUGAAUGGGGAAGCACUGCAAGUUCUGCAAGAUCCAUCACAUGACACGCCACAGAAAUUAAUUACUAAAUAGUCAGCCGACUGCUUGAAAGGCCACGCACGACGAACAGUAAUGUGGAAUUACCUGCCUGUAAGUUUAUCGCCAGUAAUCCCAAGUACGCAAGCGUUCGCACCAUUAGUACAUCACAAACUAUCAAGCCUUUGGAUCCCGUAGAUCGAUCCUAAUCCGCGGGGCAGGCUUUCGGCUGUGUUUACCCAGGGUCUGCUUUUUAACCCCGCACUUUACGUCAGUGCUGCUUGCCCACGCCCCAUAGGCCCGGGGCGCUCAAGAGGAGCGGGUCUGCUCUGUUUUUACUUUCAAAAGCUGGAUUCCGUUGUAACCCAUUCAUCGCUAAAACUUAUCUUGCAAAACAGUCUUUAAAAAUAGGAGUGCCGGGGUUGAUUUGUCAGCAGCUCCGUGGAGGAAGAGGAAGCGCGAUUUUCGGACCCUGCCUCAGUCGCCCGCUGCGACGCUUCAUCCUGCCGCGCAUUACCUUCAGUUUCGCUUUCUUUCCAAACAAGGAUCAUUUUCACCCCACUUGGCCACUGACAGUAAGUAAAGAUGGAAAACCGCAACUUGCUCCGCAACCUCCCCCAGGCCCCGAAGCCCUCCCUGCCUGUACUAGUGCUGUCCAAGUUCUUCAUGAUCGUCCUGCCCGUCGCGCAGAUCGCCAUAGGUGCGGUGUACAUGAAGGAAUGUCCGGCACAGCGCUACAUUCCCAUCUACCUGGUGGUGACGGGCUCCUUCAGCCUGGUCCUCGCCGUGCUCUCCUGCCUGCCCUGUGCCCAGGAGUCUGACGAGGGCGAUCAAGGUCCUCUCUCCAGGCUCUGCACCACCUGGAACUCCCUGGUCUCCCUCUUCCUCUUCUGCUGGUUCAUCACCGGUAAUGUGUGGAUAUACUCCAUUUAUGCCCCCAACUAUGACUCGGCGGCCGGCGACUCCUACUGCAACAAGACGCUGUACCUCUUCGCCUUCUGGACGACCACGCUGUGCUACAUUCUGCUGGGACUCAUGUUGGUCGGAGGCUGCUGCAUGCUGCUCUGCAUGUGUCUGCUGGGCAAGAGCGUCCAAGAGGGGGCCGACGAGGCCUGAAGAAGUCCCGCCUCCCACCGACAGCCCCCUGACCGCUGGGAGAGUCAGAACUGGAGUAACCAUGUAGCGCCUUAUACCGUCUGUUCUAUCUUUUGAUUGUCUCACACCGUAUAGAAAAGAUUUUUUUCCUCUCCCAUCCAUCCACCCACCCCCCCCUUUCCUCUCUCCUCCUCCCCCUCUCGCUUCCCUGUCCUAACCCUCAUUUUCAGCACCCCCCCCCAUCAAAAUUAGCAGAACUUCACAUACCCCUGUAAUUCCAGCUGCCUCACUCUGUACUCCGUACAGAGCUUGAUUCCUCACUGUUCACAUACAUGUAAUCUAUUUUGCUGAAAGGAAAUGUUAUAUGGUGUGAAAUCCAUGCGUAUUUAAGGGUAGAAAAUUCGCAGGUCGUAUCAGAUCAGCGUUCCAGAGCUGUUGUCGGUGCCUAGAUAGAUGCCAAAGAGGACAGGAUGCGCUCAGGCUUUACACACACUGAGUGUGUGAGCGAGAGCUCCACAGUUUGCAUGUUUUGCACUGAGAUAUUAUGCCCUGUAUACGCUGCACUGGUGUGUAUCUGAUCUAAUGUAGUACUGGUCCGAUGUGGGAUCCUUAAUCAGGGGAUCCUGCACUGUCGAGGGCCAGUUUCACUGCGAUAAUUAUACUGCUAUGGAAUAAACGUGCAUUAUCACCAACAA